GACGUCAGUGUAUCCGGAAGUUGUAACCUUUCGAAUGCAGAAGAAGUUUCAAGAGGAUUUUAAUUAGUAAAAAAAAAUUACCAUUAAAUAAAACCACGUAAAAAUGUUUCUGGUGCGUUAUAAUAACGCGAAUGUUUUGGAAAGUUUUCAGGGCACGAGUAAAACUCCGUAUUCCUGUUUUGACUUUGAUAGACGAGUAAACAGUAGACACAUGACACGGUUACUCCGGGUUGUGACUCUCAGAGCAAAUUGCUGGCGAUUGUGUCCUGCUUUUCACAAAAUCUUUACACCGAGGCUGGAAAAGAGGAAAACUCUGCACACUGCUUUUCGACAUCCAUUUACUAAAUGUGGGAGUGAGACUGGCUCGCUUUGGAAAGGUGUACGAUGCUCACUGGUCAGAGAGUUGAGCACCUCUAUGAAAGUGAUGCAGUAUGAUCUAACUAGAUCAGACCUUGUAAAAUCUGGCCACAGCAAGCUUCUCUUCGAUACACAUGCAAUGAUUCAAGUUCUGGAAGCAAACGGGUUCACACUUCAGCAGGCUGAAAUGUUUGUAAAAGUGCUCCUUAAUACAACCAACACCAACAUGGACAUAAUGUAUAGUGAUAUGGUCACCAAGACUCAGCAAGAGAUCAUGCUACAGAAGGUUAUGUCUCAAAUUGCAGCAGUCAAAAAGGACAUGAUCAUUUUGGAGAAAAGUGAAUUUUCUGCUUUACUGGCAGAAAAUGAAAGAAUGAAAGUAGAGCUUGCACAGGUCAACAUACAACUUUCUGAUAUGGUGAAUAAAGUCUGCUUAAGCAACAAGCUCAGCGUGAACAUGGAAAAGAACCAGGUGAAAGAAAUGAAAGCAGAGCACGAAAAGAAGAUUUUGGAGGCCAGACACCAAAUGAUGGAAAUGCUUUCUGACCAGGACCGCCAUGUGACACAGAGUAAUAUGAAAAUCGACACCGAAGUGGCUGGCCUGAAGACCAUGCUGGAAUCUCACAAACUGGACAGUAUUAAAUAUUUAGCAGGGUCGGUGUUCACUUGUCUCACAGUAGUACUGGGGUUCUUUCGAAUAUGGAUGUGAAUGCAAAGAAAUUUCCACACACCCAUUCCAUGCGCUCCAGGUGAAGAAAUCCGAUGCUGCUCAAAACACGUUUUCCUUUUGUAACUGCAGUGUAUUUGUGCAGGCACUGAUGACUUUAUUAUCUGCAAUGCACUUCAUGUGAGGGACUAUAUGUUCUGUAAUAGAAACACAGACUGUGGCCUGCUGUCUAUUGACUGAAAUGUAAAAAGGUGACUAAGAUGUAAAGCUGUUACAGGGCACUACUAAUGCUAUCUGGCUUAUGUGACCAAAGGCAAGCAAUUUUUGGAUUUUGUAUGAUUUCUAUAAGGGUUAUUUAUCCAAAAGCCUUGACCUAAGGGGACACAUAUUAAAAUGUUAUUUCAGUUGA